AUGAUGCGUCUGGCGUGUUGCACCGUUCUCCUCUUCCUUUUCCGGCUGAUGCUGGGGUUGCCGUGGUAUCAAGUGUUGCCUGCCAUCCUCAUCUUUUACCUGGGUUCCGGGGGGUACAAGUUCCUGCACGUCUUCAUGAAGACGGUUGGGAGAGAUCUCCAUGCGGCCGGCGUCCUGCUGAAGGUGAAGCUGAAUGUGAAGCGGCACCUGCGGCAGCGGAACACCAUCCCCAAGAUCUUCGCCGAGUCGGUGAAGCGGCACGGCGACAAGACGGCGCUGAUCUUCGAGGGCACGGGCGAGUCCUGGAGCUUCCGUCAGCUGGACACGUACUCCAACCGCGUGGCCAACCUGUUGCUGCAGCGCGGCUUCAAGGAGGGCGACGUGGUGGCCAUAUUCAUGGAGAACCGCUCGCAGUACGUGGGCCUGUGGCUGGGCAUGGCCAAGAUUGGCGUGGAGGCUGCGCUCAUCAACUUCAACCUGCGCCUCGAGGCCCUUGUGCACUGCAUCAACAUCUCCAACGCCAAGGCCGUGGUGUUCGGCAGCGAGCUCACUGAAGCCAUGUGUGAGGUGCACAGCUCCAUGGGGAAGACCGUGAGUCUGCUGUGCUCUGGGGACUUCGAUUCCAAAAAGGUCCCGGAAGGGACAGAGCGCCUGGAACCGCUCCUGGACGCCGCCCCCUCUCACCUGCCCAGCCAACCAGAUCGCGGCUUCACAGAUCGCCUCUUCUACAUCUACACCUCUGGGACCACGGGGCUCCCCAAAGCUGCCAUCGUAGUUCACAGCAGAUACUACCGCAUGGCUGCGCUGGUAUACUACGGGUUCAAGAUGACUCCAGAUGAUGUCCUGUACGACUGUUUACCUCUCUACCACUCUGCAGGUAACAUUGUUGGAGUCGGCCAGUGUUUGAUUCAUGGCAUGACCGUUGUCAUCAGAAAGAAGUUCUCGGCCUCCAAGUUCUGGGACGACUGCAUCAAAUACAACUGCACUAUUGUUCAGUACAUCGGCGAGAUCUGCCGGUACCUCCUCAACCAGCCGGUGCGUGAGGCGGAAAAGCAACACUGCGUACGCAUGGCGCUGGGCAACGGCUUGCGGCAAUCCAUCUGGGAGGAGUUCACUGGCCGCUUCAACGUUCCGCAGAUCGCCGAAUUCUACGGCGCAACCGAGUGCAACUGCAGCCUCGGGAACUUUGAUAACAAGACAGGUGCCUGUGGUUUUAACAGCCGGAUCCUGCCCUACGUCUACCCGAUCCGCCUGGUGAAGGUGGACGAGGAGACCAUGGAGCUCAUCAGAGGGCCCGACGGAGUGUGUAUCCCCUGUGGGCCUGGUGAGCCUGGUCAGUUGGUGGGACGGAUCAUCCAGAAUGACCCCCUGCGGCGCUUUGAUGGCUAUGUCAGCCAGCAAGCCACCAGCAAGAAGAUCGCCCACAGCGUCUUCAAGAAAGGAGACAGUGCCUACCUAUCAGGUGACGUUCUCAUCAUGGAUGAGUAUGGCUACAUGUACUUUAAGGACCGGACGGGGGACACGUUCCGCUGGAAGGGUGAGAACGUGUCCACCACUGAGGUGGAGGGAACCCUGAGCCGGCUGCUGGACAUGAAGGACGUGGUGGUGUACGGCGUGGAAGUACCAGGGGCGGAGGGCAAGGCGGGUAUGGCAGCCAUUGCAGACCCGGAACACAACACCAACCUGGAGAAGUUUGUGCGGGACAUGGAGAAGGCGCUGCCCCCAUAUGCCCGACCCGUCUUCCUACGCUUUCUGCCAGAGGUCAACAAGACAGGAACCUUCAAGUUUCAGAAGAUGGAAAUGCGUCGUGAGGGCUUCAACCCUUGCGAGGUGUCGGACAAACUGUACUUCCUGGACUCUAGUAGGGGAGCCUAUGUGGAGAUAACCGAGGACCUCCACCACUGCAUCGUCUCCGGGAAGCAGAAACUCUAAGACCCAGCCCCCAGCACCUCAUUAGCCACACCCAGGAAUGCCAUUCCACCAAUCAGCGCAUCCCGGCCACGCCCACAGCAUCACUCUGCCCAAUCAGGAUGCCCACUGGGACAGCAUGGCGUUGGGCUGACUGGCAUCAUGGCGAUAAAAAGGAGAAAAAAAACAACAAUAAAAAAAGAAAAACUAAAUAAAAGCUAAAUAUGACUAAAUCAACAAACAAUGGCUGAAUACACAAAGGACUUCUUGGAAACCGAAUAGGACUGAAAAGGACUGAAGCACACGUGCGUGUCUCACGCAUGUGUGUGUGUGUGUGUCAUGUGUGUGUGUGUGUGGUGUUGGACGCCAACCCACCAGCCCCUUCAGCUCAACCUGCACAACAUCUCCCAUUAGACUCCAGUUUGGCUCUGUCCCCUACUGCCACCAUCUCACAACCAGUGAGACAGAUUGACCUCUCUCAUUAAGCUAGGCUAGGCUAGGCUAGGCUCGCUAACGGGUCCCCUAAUGCAUGUCGCUAACGGAGGAGUAUGUGCUACAAAUUCCAAAAACCACAGAGGGUUUGUGUGCAAUAAGAGCCAUCGCAUAGCGAACUGCAGAGGGUUAGCAUGCAAUAAGAGCUGCCGCGUGGCUAACUGCCCCGUAGAUCUGUUGGCAGCCGACUCUGAAACAAACGUGGGCCGGAUCUGAGCCACAUGAGUUACAGUGUUAGCUGCUACUUAAGCAAUUAGCCACGGGGUGACACACAAUCAACACUAUUUAUUUAAAGGACCUGCAUCGCACCAAAAAUAUUUAAGUUGUAGUGUAGUCUUGAUUAAUAUUUAAAGACAUGAUUGUUGUCUUUUGAUUUCUUGUACUAUGGUCGUUUUUUUUUUAUUAUUAUUUAAAUGUAUUUUUUUUUUAUCAUUGCACUUGGGUUGUGUGCUCUGUACGACUGUGCUAAUUAGGCUACUCCUCCACUCCAGUAGAGGGCAGUGUUACUAGUCCUAAUGGGUCUUGUGAAAUAGGGAUAAGGGAACCUCCACUGUAAAGCUUUGUACUCAAAUCCAAAAAAGAAGUAGCACUUCCUGGCAGCUUCACGCCUUUGGCAUUGUGUAGGUUGAGCUCGAAGGGCUGGUUUCGUCCUGCCGGACACGUUUCCUUUGCAAUUGGACAGAAGAAGAAAAACUAUAUAGGAGGAUACUGGUGUAGUAGACACACCUGAACCUCCACCUCCAGCUCCGUGCUGUCAUGGAGAUGACGAUGAUAAGGAGGAGGAGGAUGGUGACGAGGAUGAAGAUGUUUUUGAAGUGAGUGCAAUAUUCUGGUGCUAAAGAGCGAAGACCUCCAUGGAGGAGACGCAUCACAUGUUCUGAAGAAGAUAGAGAGAAGAGGGAUGGAGGAGAAAACAAGGGAUGGAGAGAAACGGGGCAAGGAGGAAAAACCGAUGUGAAGGGGGGGACAAAGGGAAAAAAGUGCAUCCAUCAUAAGUGUUUUGUUUGUGUGUGUGUGUGUGUUCCUUGGUUGUUUGUUUAUUUGUUCACUCAGUUCAGUCUCGUCUUGCUUCUGUCUGUACUUUAAAUCAGCCGGCAUGAAUGAUCAACACAAGCAGAGUUCUGUGCCUUACUGUGAGUGUUGCAAAAAAACUCACAGGGUACCUGCACCAUCACGCCCUCUCAUCCUUCUCCUCAUUCUCUCUUCAUCCCUCGCUCUCUUUCCAGAAACCUCCGACCUGUGUGUGUUUUUCACUCUUCGCACAUCCGUCAUCCCUCUUGUUCUUCAUUCUGGGAUUCAUCAUCCCAUCUCUCUCUCUCUUUCUCUCACUCUCACUCACUCUCCCUCUCUCUCUCUCUCUCUCUCUCUCUCGCUCAUUCCAACCCAGUCCAGUGUUCAGGCACCUCUGUUUUGCAUCCUGAGUGAUUCCAUCAUGCCGACGCCUCUUCCUAUUCCUUUGCUCCAUACCGCCUGAUCUUUGAUCUCUCCAAAGUGACACCUUUUUAUCUUUUUGUCAUGUCAAGCGUAUAUAUUUUAUUAAAUAUGUCCAAAAGCGACCAUAAGCAUCCUCCAAAGCACUCCGAAGGUUUUUUUUUUUUUUCUUGAGCCAAAUAUCAAUCAAGUCUUCGGACUCCGGGGAAGGGAAAUCUCUAGCGCCCCCCGGUGGCUUCUCUCACUCUCUCAAGCUUCCUUUGUUUUGAGCUCUUUUCUUUCUUUUCUCUUCUUUUUUGUGUUUUGUUUUUAAAUCAUGAAUGUAUGUGUGUGUGUGUGUGUGUUUUUUUUGUGUAGGUGUUUCACACAAAGUGUGUCCGACACAAGCACUCACCGUCAUCUCGAACCUCACAAUAAGUAAUAUCUCCAUGUUUCGUCUCCUUAUCCUGCAUAGCACAAAGAGAAGUGCGACAGCAAAACAAUUAAUAACAAUAACAAUAAAAGUAUUUAUAAAAUUAAAUAAAAUGUAUUGGAACACGCAGGCAAACACCAGUUUUAAAAGGCUUCUCUAUUAAUGAAAUGAUUGAUGUAGGGUUAGGUGAUUAGACGGGGUCGGGGGUCACCAGAAAGAGCUCCACUUGGAAGACUUGCAGAGUCUGCUUAAAAGAGGGGAGUGUGUAGUCCUGUGACACAUUUGUGCUAUCUCUUGUACCCACACUGAUUCCUGUUUUUUUUUUCAUGUUUUUAUUCUGAUUUUUUUUUUUUUUUUUUUUUUUGUAAUUUUAAAUUAUAAUGUGUGUGUGAAAAUUCUGUAUGGAUCCAUUUAAUCGGUAUGUAAUUUUGCGUUUUGAUUGUGCUUUUGUUGCACUCGUCACAGCUGCAGGUGUGGAUGAAGCUCUGCUUUAACGGGGGGUGGACGACCAUCCACAUGACUCCCCAUAUCCAUUAGCAAAUCCUGCUGCUUUUACUUGUGUUGAAUGGGUCCUGUUGAUCCAUUUCAUAUGUGUGUGUGUGUCUGUGUGUGUGUGUGUGUGUGUUAAUCAGUCCCAUGAUAGCAAUGGACUCCUCUUGCCGAGGCUCUGAUUGGUUAUGUCUUGAACACACAUACUCACUCAUACACACAAACACACACUCACUCAUUGUAGUAGCCAUGCACAUGCGCACACUAACACACACACACGUACAUACACUGACCUCUGGAAAGAGUGUGGAUGAAGGCCACAGUGGCAGCAGUGACAGGCAGGAUCCUCUCUGUACAGUAGCUCCAGAGCUCCAGAACCCUCCAGAGAGCUCUAGAGUGUUCUCUCACCUGUGACUCCCAAAUCUGCCUGUAACAGGAACACAGUUCAGCCACAUCAGCAGAGGUGCUGCUCUUUGGCGCAUUAUGUUAAAACUAACGGCCAUCUAUGGCAGAAGGGCUAAGCUCUCCCUCACCAUUGUUGUAAUGUCAGUCAGAUGUCCGUUUAUCACACACCUGAUUUAAAUGGUGUGUCCAAUUGUCCAACAUCCUAGCCUGUGAGCUUCCUACUGUGCUGCUGACAUGAAACCAGGGUGUGUGUAUGUGUGUGUGUACACACAGACCUCCUCAGUAGUGUUUUCAUGCUUUGUCUGUGUGUCGCUGCAGCCUAUUUUUAGGGAUCUGCGCACAGAAGUAGGAGAGAGCACCUUGCAGUUCACCAUUCCAGCCUCAUGGUGGUGCUGUGCAUCAUCGCUGCAUACUGCAGCUGCAUUUCAACUUUCCAUAUUUACCUGACACCCCCUUUCUCCCCAUGUUUUACUUUGUGGUUUUGACCAGGCGGGUUGUUCAAAGUAUCAGUGCAUUUCAUUUUCUUCAGUAUCAUGAAGAACAUUUGAAAUAUGCUCUUUUUUUAAUGCACUGGUGUCACACUAGGCCUACUUGUAUUUUGAAUAUAUGUUUUGCUAGCUUAAUUUGACAUUUGACACAGCCACACAUCACAUGUACUGUGCAAAGACAAUGUUGUUUCGUCAGUGGUCCACUUAUUGCAAUAUAUAUUUAGCUUGUCUUCAUGUCCUCAUUCUUGUGAGUUGUCGUGGCGACCAACAUUAUGGCAGCAAGCACUCAGCGAAUCUCCCAGUUGCCCUUUCAGCGUAAAUAAACAAACACGUGUGUACUCUAAUUGAUGGUCAUUUCAAACACAGAGACCUCCUCAUGGUUCAGUUUGACAUUCCUGUUAUCUCUCUUGUCUGAGGUGUCUCUUGAGUCACUCCACCCUUUUGGUCACCCCAUCGUAGCCCCACUGUAUUGGUCUGCAGUUUGCACUGCUGUGUUAUCGUCCCUCUGUUUAUGUUUCGGUACUCAGGAACAAUUUAAUGCAACAGUGGUGGAACUGAAAAGAUUGAAAGAGCGAGAGGAACUGAAGGAUAGCACGUGUGUGUGUGAGGGAGACUGUAUCUCCAGGCUGUAGACAGUGCUGUUACUGUGUGUGUAGGGGAGGUGUUUGAGGUGUGCUGCGUCACGCUGAGGUCCUCUUGUUGAAAAAAAAAGAAAACAAACGAUAGCUGUAAAUCAUGCUCUGGAAGUUUAAAAAAGGCAUCUAAGAAUCAAUAUUAAUAAAAAAGAUAUAUACA